UGAUUUGAUUGGCCACAGUUAUGUGGCCUCUCCACGUAUAAUAAAUCAAAGCCUUAAAAGUCCAACUUACUAGAAUACCUAUUAAACAAACGGGUCAAAAUAUUUCUCACCCAUUUUCCCUAAUUCUCAGCAUUCUUAAGUGACUAGAAAUGGCUUUGGGUGGAGGUGGACCACAAAGGGGGACUGCAGCAGCAGCAGCUGCUAACCUACGUCGAAGGAAGACCGGAGGAGCAGGUGGAGCUGCAGGAGGAGCAGGUGGUACCAUGCUCCAAUUCUACACUGAUGAUUCCCCUGGACUCAAGAUAUCCCCCAAUGUUGUGCUUGUGAUGAGUAUUGGCUUCAUAGCCUUUGUUGCAAUCCUUCAUGUCAUGGGUAAGCUCUACUUUGUCCGCAGAGAGGGCUAGAGACACUCAGAUAUCUCAUUGCUGAGUUGGGAAAUUUUUGUUGGGCAACAGCUUUCUUCGUUGAAGGAAAAACUGACAUUGUAGCUUUAUUUUCUUGUUUGUUUGUCUAUGCAAUGAAGUUCAUAGAAAAGUUUUCUAGUUAUGAGUUGAA